GAGUUUAUUUCUGGACCGCUUCACUUCGACCGGCCGCCAUUUUUCUUCAACCGUUGACUCGCACUGAAUCCUGGGAUAUGGUGGGCCAUAUCAAAUCUGCUACUGCGCAGCUGUGAGCGCGAGGCUUUUAUCUGUGGGCGUGUGCGUUCUAUGUGACGUUACUGGCAGAUCAAAGAGCUUUUGCUUUGAUCCGUCAGCCACGUCCACAUCAAAGGCAAGGGAAGCCUCAAAUAGGGGCUCUCACACAUAAAAAUUACUGCUCAUCUGUUAGCAAAUGUUCAACGGUCGGCUUUCUCCAAAACAAGGAAAUUAUCCAGCUGUUCUCUCAAACCCAGAAAAUCUAAUGUGUGAUACAACCAUGUCAACACGCAGCGAAAAUGAAAAUUCAGUCGUGGUCACACCAGAUCAGAUUAGGCCACCUAUCAAGAGGUGCUUGGAAAGGCUCUCUGGAGUUCAGUGGAGCAUGAUUGAAAGGGGCGCAGGCGACUCGGGCGUCCGAGCGUUGCUCGCUGAUAUGAUUUGUGAAAUCAUUCAGAUCGCCUCCAGUAGAAUCCUCAAAAAUGCCCUUCCUGUUAUCCAGGAGCGCAUGACGAAGGAAGAGCCUUUGGAUGCGGGGGAAAUAAACUCGUCCCUCGGAGACUCAAUCUCAGCCGCCAUCGCCAGCGCUCUUAACGUUCCGAAACAGCGACAUGAGAGCGCUGACGAGCUGACACGGAUGGUUGAGGAAGAGAUCUCCGAAAAGGUCAGCUCAGUAGUCAAACUCAUUAGAGAAAGCCCCGAUCUCCCACAAGACCCCGCCGUUUAUGUUAGCGGCAAAUUUAGUAAUAUUAAAAGCUGGACCGCAUGGUUUGGCACACUGCCUCGUGCCUUAAAAGGCAUGUAGCAUGUAAACUGCGCUGCCAGUGUGUGUCAAGCGGGUCUGAUUUCGGUACAGAAAGUACGACUUUAAAGAUGUCAGUGCAAUCAGUAAUCACAGAGAUUUCUGCGAUUCUGUCAUGGAGGAGCUCAGAUGGAGAGAUGACAGAUAAAGAUGAGGACGAGGAAGAAACUGAGCUUCCAGACGAAUCAGCUCUAACAGAAAAGGACAAAAUAAAACAAACUGCAGAAAGCGUAAGUAUCCGAGCUCCAACCCCAGUAAAGGUGAUUGCAGCUGACAUCUUAAAUGAGAUACUUGGGAACAUGGAUUUAAGCAGUGAAGAGCUCUGUGAGAGGUGUAGCUUAUCCAAACCUGCCUUUAAUGCAGGAUUAAUUAUCAACAAGCUGAGAGACUUCUUCUCCAGAUGUUUGCCAUCCACCUCUCACUCCGGGCUCAAAGCACGCAAACACGGCUUUUCCAUUUUUGCGAAAAAACAAUUUGAAAAAAUGAAAAAAGAGCUGAGAAAAGUAAUAAAGGCAAACAGGAUUUUUUUUGUUUGUCUAAAAAACACUUGCAAGUACCCCAAGAGUGACACAGUGCCCUUGGAUGAAGGUAUGGUUUUCAGCCUCCCAGGGUCCCAGAGUACAGAGGCUCAUCGAGCCCCUUCCAGAAACACACUGCUUCGUUACAUGCGUUCUUCUCCAGUCGACUUUGACGCCAUUAGCUCAGACGUUAAUCAGUUAUUUGAGAAAUUAACAAAGACAGAAGAACUCUUCAUCAAUCAUAAAACACAGGAAAACUUUAGAAAUAGUGGGUCAACCAGAGAUUUUACUCUGGAGUUAACGGCAAAAGUGUUUGAUCUACUUAUGACGGAUCGACUGUAUCAAAUCCCCGAACCUCUAAUGGGUAGAUCCCUCUCAGACACUGUCAUCUCGCGGACUCCACAACCAGCACAUGGCUCAAAGCGUCCCUUUUCUGCUGAAGUCCUCUAUGUCCUCGUAGAAGACACAGUAGAAAAGUUUGUACAACAGCUUUUGCUCUGGGUGGAGAACGAAGGCCAAGCUCAAAUGAUUGAGGACAAGGUUUCUGUGGCUGUGGAAGACAUCCAGAACCUUAUUAGAAGAACAAGGACCCCAACAAAGGAAACAAGCCCAGAUUCAGAUGGCAGUGGAAGAGAAUCUGUUCCAUUACCUGUAACACCAAAAUCUGUGAGCAUUACCCCAGAAAAAUGCUUUCUGGCAGCUGAUCAGACAGAAAAAUCUGGGAGCAUUACCCCAGAAAAAUGCUCUCUGGCAGCUGAUCAGACAGAAAAAUCUGGGAGCAUUACCCCAGAAAAAUGCUCUCUGGCAGCUGAUCAGAAGCCCCAGACAGAAAAAUCUGGGAGCAUUACCCCAGAAAGAUCCUCUCUGGCAGCUGAUCAAACAGAAAAAUCUGGGAGCAUUACCCCAGAAAAAUGCUCUCUGGCAGCUGAUCAGACACAAAAAUCUGGGAGCAUUACCCCAGAAAAAUGCUCUGCCAGUGUUUCAGGUGUUCUCAAGGAUUCCUCUGACAUGUCAGAGAUGAAAAUUCUCACUGACCCCGCCUUUAGGCUCAUGAUGAGACUGAUCAAAAAAUCAAAACCUGAAACUCAACACUUUUUUUCCAGGACAUCAGGUACUACAAAAGAACCAGAAGCGGUCUUCCACCGUCUGAGAGGUCUGAUGCUGCCUGAAAUUAGCAGCACAGAGUCUGCCACAAGUCUGAUGAAUGACAAUAAAAAGUUCAUCAAGAAAAUAGCCAAAUGCCUCAUCGAGGAGUUUGGUUCCGCAGACAAUGUGUUAAAGAAUGCGAUGGCAAAUGAUGCGUGUUUUGAUGAGGUUCUGGUAAAGCAAACAAAAAUCUGCCUCGGAGUCCUCCCCAGUCCUCCCAAAAGUCAAAAUUUCCCAAAAUUUUUUUUCAGCGUUGGGAAAAACUCUGCGAAAACCCUUUAG